AUGGUAGCCACGCACAAGCCUCGCCUGAGGAAUGGGUACUCCUGCGUCCCGGUCGCGCUUUCCGAGGGUCUCGACAUCCGUCUCAACACCGCCGUCCGAAUUGUGAGGUACAACGAAAAUGGUGUCGAAGUUUGGGCAGCGCCAUCUAGAAGUCCGCACACAAAUGUCACUGUCCACAAAGCCGACGCAGUUUUGGUGACCUUGCCCUUGGGGGUCUUGAAGGCUUCUACUCCCCCCUCGGCGGUCACUUUUGAUCCGCCAUUGCCUGAUUGGAAGACCCAGGCUAUCCAGAGACUCGGAUUUGGAAAUUUGAACAAGGUAAGUUCGAUAAAACGGAAAGUUUUUUUGGAAUGCAUUUUACAGAAAUGUGAUAAAUUAUCGCGUUCAAAAGUUAUUUCCAAAAGAACUAUCAAAAGUAAUUUUUUGAUUAAAAUAUCAACUAAAAAUGAAAAUAAAAGCUUAUUUAAUGACCUUUCAAGUACAGCAUAUAGAAAUUGGAUAAAUGAUCGCGUUCAGAAGUUAUUUCCAAAAGAACCAUUGAAAGUGGUGCUGUGUUUCGAGCGAAUUUUUUGGGACCCAACGGCGAAUCUGUUCGGGCACGUUGGGAGCACAACGGCCUCCCGCGGCGAGCUAUUUCUGUUCUGGAACUUGUACAAGGCACCCGUUCUCCUGGCUCUGGUAGCAGGCGAGGCCGCCUGCGUUAUGGAAAAUGUCAGCGACGACGUUAUUGUCGGUCGCUGCAUUGCUGUGCUGAAGGGUAUAUUUGGAAACCAAGUAGUGCCUCAACCACGAGAGAGCGUCGUCACAAGAUGGCGCGCGGACCCAUGGGCUCGUGGGUCUUACAGUUUCGUCGCAGUUGGUAGUUCAGGAAGCGACUAUGAUCUUCUUGCUGCGCCUGUAGCGCCACCCCCGCCAGCGAAUCAACCUUCUGGAACGCCACAACCUCUUCCACGCGAGCACACAAUCAGAAACUACCCAGCAACAGUCCACGGCGCCUUUCUGAGCGGAUUGCGCGAGGGAGGAAGAAUCGCGGACCAGCUCUGCGGAAGUCCUUAUGCGCCGCCGAACACGCCAACAUCUUCAGCAAACACACCACCAAGUGCAUCAACCACCGCUUCAUAA